GGGAGGUUUGUUUUGAUUUGUGUUUGAGGUUAUUUUCAAAUUAGGCAUAUUUGAAGAAAGUUUAGUAGCCUCGUAUACUUAAACAUCUAGUAAUUUAUCUUAUUUAGAGUAGAAGAAGACAUUGUGUGGUUUAUGAAUGUGACAAAUUUAUUAUAACAAGCUUCGAUCAUAUUUUAUAAAUUUAAGGCACAGUAAUAUUUUUUAAGAAACUUGGUUACAAGAUAACAUUUCGUAUGUGUUCCUCGACAUUGUUUAUAUAACCUUUAAAUCAUCAUUUAAUAGAAUUUUAUUUUUUAACUUUAGACCGAACGUCAUUAUAAGACUGUCAUAUUUUAUCGGGAUUCGUAUUAAACACAACCACUCAAAUAAUUUUAGUUAUCUAUGUAUAACAGAUAUGGAUGUAAUAAGUUUGUCCAGUGAUUCUUCAAGACCUUCAUCUCCACUCAUAAACAUAUCUGAAGUAUUAAAUGAAACAGAAAAGAGAGAGUCAUGUAUUUCAAACCAAGAAAUUGUGUUAUCUCCAUCGAAAAACAGAUUUGUGCAUGCUUUAUCGGAAAGUGAUGACUCUGAAUCAGAACUGUUAGGCAGAGAUCUUAACAAAAUUCAUACUUUAGAUGAGAAUUCUACUAUUGGAAGACACAAAUUGUCACAUGAAAAGGAACCAUUAUUCAGCAAUGAACUUGAAAAGCCAAAUGAACAUUUGACAUUUUCAGAUAAAUCAAACUCUGAGUCUGAAGUUGAAUACCACAUUGACAAAGAUUGUGACAUUUGGACUAAGUAUAGUAAAGAACCAUGCAACGAGUUGCUUGAAAAGGAUUUGAUAGGUCAUUUACACAAUGAAGAUAAUUUAGGAACAUCCAGUAAAUAUAUUCCUGGUGAGUCGAGAAGCAAAACAACUUAUCCUAAAACUAAAACUAAAAUGACAAAAGAACAGAGACUGGAAGAAAAAUUGAAGAAACAAAAAGAAAAAGAACUAAUUAGAGCUGAGAAACGUGCUGCUAAGGAAUUACAGAACCAAAUGAAACCUAACAACUGCAUGAAGUUUAUGACUGUGAUACUGGACUCAGCACUUAUAAGUUGUCCAUUCAGUGGAACUUUGAUGGCUGCCAUACAGAACUCUGAAGCAAAGUACCAAAUUUGUGCUCAACCAGUUCCAUUAACAGUGUCUUGGAGGCGAGAAGCGUCUGGGCCAAAUGCGAAGGAAGAAAACGAUGUGCUUUUGAUAUGGCAGUGGGAAUUUGUUAUUCCAGCUAUAAAAAAUCACACACUUAUUUCAAAAAUUCAAGAGGUUCAGGCAAAACACUUCGGCAAGUCUUUAUUCCUCAUCAUCUAUGGUCUUAAUGGUUAUUUCAGUUACUUAAAAAGCAACAGAAGAAAUCUUUCAGGAAAUCCACCAAAAUCCAAGAAAGGAAAAAGCAGCUCUGAUAACAAUGAAUUUCCCUAUGUAACCAAACAAGUAAUAGAAGAAGAGUUGAUUGAACUCCAGAUCACCGCCAAUUGUACCCACAGGCUAAUAGAAUGCCCUGAGGAUCUUGGUAGUCUGGUUGUGCAAAUAACCAAAGCUAUUGCAGAAACACCUUUCAAGUUAGACAAGCAGAAGCGGGUACAGGAGAACCUGGAGUGGUUUGCAGUAGGUGACAGUCGUGACUGUGUUGCCAUUGACAAGGCUGGCAAUGGACUACUGCGGCUGUGGCAACAACAGCUCUGUCAGUUCAACUUGGCUGGGCACGAUGUUGCCCAGGCAAUAGCCGCUGUUUAUCCUGGUCCUUUGUCGUUAGUGAGAGCUUACGAUAAUUGCAAUUCACAAAAGGAGUGUGAAGAUUUACUAAGAGAUAUUCAAGUAAGAAGAAGCCAAGGACCUUUAGCCUCGAGUCGGAGAAUUGGCCCAGAACUUAGCAAGAAAAUAUACACAUUUUUCUGUUCAGCUGAUGGUGAUGCACCUCUCUCUCAAGAACAAUGACAGCUCAAACUUCAUUGUCUACAUUCCACCUUACUUUGUAACAUUCUUUGUUCUGUAAAUAAAUAUUUUCCCCCAAU